CGCGAACACGGGAGCUCAAUUAUUAGGCCUUCGUGCCUGCCCCAGGCCUGCCCUGUUCUGCCUACUCCGACCCUGGCCCACUCUCGCCCGCUCACGUCAAGGAACUGGUGCUGUGUGCGGGUGACUUCGUGCAGGAUAUAAGAGAAUGCCGCCUCAGCAAGCUGUUGUUCCUAAGGAAGCUCCAGAAAAGGAUGCUCAACCAGUGGGAAUUAGAGCGGUGUUGCUUGGCCCGCCGGGUUCCGGAAAAGGAACUCAGGCGCCGCUAUUGAAGAAAAAAUUUUGUGUAUGUCAUCUGUCAACUGGAGACAUGUUACGGGCAGAAAUUGGCUCAGGAUCGAAGUUGGGGCAACAGUUAAAGAAGGUUAUGGAUGAAGGGAAGUUAGUAAGUGAUGAGCUUGUGGUGAAUAUGAUAGAUUCUAACCUUGACAAACCAGAAUGUAAAAAUGGCUUUCUUCUUGAUGGAUUUCCUAGGACAAUUCCUCAAGCAGAAAAACUAGAUAAGCUGCUAGACAAAAGAAACUCUGCACUUGAUGCUGUGGUGGAAUUCCACAUAGACGAUUCAUUUUUGGUUCGUCGCAUUACAGGAAGAUUAAUUCAUCCACCCAGCGGAAGGUCUUACCAUGAAGAGUUCCAUCCCCCAAAGGUGCCAAUGAAGGAUGAUUUUACUGGAGAACCUCUGAUUCGUCGUGCUGACGACAAUGUUGAUGCACUGAAAACUCGCUUAGAUGCAUAUCAUAAACAGACCUCUCCUUUGGUGGAUUAUUAUACAAAGAAAGGUGUCCACUAUCGUAUUGAUGCUUCCAAAGCUGCAGCAGAAGUAUUUGAUUCCAUAGAUAAAAUAUUCCUUAAAACGAGUGGUGCAAGGAAUAAAGAUAAAAUUAUGUUUGUUUAGAAAAAACAAAUUGAAGUAGUUCUCAACGAAAUGUAAUGUGUAUUUUUGAAAGUGUAAAAUAAGGGACUGUACGGUACAAUUAAACAAGAGUCUGCUUUUUAAUGGGCGUAUAUGCUCAUUGUUUCCUCUGUUCACUCUGUUCAGAGCUGUUGGGUUGACCUCAGCACUGCUGCCACCAUUGAAGCUGGUAGUGGGGUAAAGCAAGGUUGCCUCUUACUCUGAUGGCAGACGCAUGGUCAUGUGGCAUUCUUGCAUCAGAUCACAACCGCAGCCGCAAGAAAUAAAUUGUAAUGGGAGCAUAACCAAACAAUUAAAGGUGCC